CGACAUAUCCGUUGGCGCUCUGUUGAUGCUGUAACCUUCUGACCUCCGCGGUCUUGAUUCCAUAAGUGUAGCGCUGAUUUGGGUAGUGAUAUGUCAGGUCAGCCAGGUCUAGAUUGCAUUGUGAAUUGCUGAGUGUACUGGACGCGUCAGCGUAACUCAAUUCGCUCAUGCUGCAGUGCGCAGCGCAUAUUGGAUGCGGCAAUUGUCGAGCAAGCGCCGAACAUCUGACGACCAACAGCUCCAACAGCUAGUCGUGCAACAACAAACUACAGACGCCUCCAUGCGCCGCCGAAGAUCCGCGUUGUCGCGGCCUGACGUCAACACCGGUCACUCCGGUCGACGGCAUCGAUGGAUCGAGAUCUGAAUAUGUUUAUAAAAUAUGGAUUGUUUCUGCUCGAAUUCAGGGAGGUGUUUAAAGCUUCUCGUUCAGCAUCCUUGUCCUCCGAUCCUUCUCAUCCAGCAAUCUCAUCCUUUGUCAACGGGACGAAUCGCAAACCACAAUGGCCCUCAGCAAGCAUAUCGAUCCAGAUGAGUUGCUCAGCACGUUGAGCGAGCACCCUCAUCACAAGCAUCGUGCACAUAACCGCUCCGCAGUCUCGCACCAAACGCCAUACAGCACUCGCUACAACGCUCAGACCGAGAUCUCAAAGUACAAAAUCCCUCACGAUGGAGCUCCCGCCGAUGCGGUGCACCAGAUGCUCAAGGAUGAAUUGGAUCUUGAUGGACGCCCAAACUUGAACCUGGCUAGCUUCGUCGGCACGUACAUGGAGAAAGAGGGCGAGCAAUUGAUGAUCGAGAACCUCAGCAAGAAUAUGAGCGAUGCUGAUGAGUACCCGGCAAUGAUGCAAAUGCACACUCGCUGCAUUUCCAUUCUGGCUCACCUUUGGGGUGUACAAAAGGGCGAGAAGGCCAUCGGGUCGGCCACCACUGGAUCUUCCGAGGCCAUUCACCUCGGUGGUCUUGCAAUGAAGCGUCGAUGGCAGGAGAAGCGUCAGGCAGCUGGCAAGGAUACUAGCAAGCCGAACAUUAUUAUGGGUGCAAACGCCCAAGUCGCCUUGGAGAAAUUCGCUCGAUACUUCGAGGUCGAAGCAAGGAUUCUUCCUGUUUCUGAGAAGUCCGAUUAUCGUUUGGACCCCGAGCUCGUCAAGGAGAACCUGGACGAAAACACCAUCGGUAUCUUUGUCAUCCUGGGCUCCACUUACACCGGUCACUAUGAGCCUGUAGAAGAGAUCUCAAACAUUCUGGACGCCUAUGAGAAGGAGACCGGCAUCGACAUUCCAAUCCACGUCGAUGGAGCCUCUGGUGCCUUCAUUGCGCCUUUCACACAUGCUGGUGUCGGCCAGGGCAAGAAAUGGAAUUUCGAGCUUCCUCGAGUCAAAUCAAUCAACGUCUCUGGCCACAAGUUCGGGCUUGUGUACGCUGGUGUUGGUUGGAUCAUCUGGCGUGAUGAGUCCUAUCUACCAAAGCACUUGAUCUUUGAGUUGCACUACCUCGGUGGCACUGAGGAAUCUUUUACUCUCAACUUUUCACGACCCGGUGCCCAAAUUAUUGCACAAUACUACAACUUGAUCUGCUUAGGCUUCACAGGCUAUCGUGCUAUUAUGGAAAACGCCCUCCACAAUGCGCGUCUCCUGUCGAAGGCAUUGGAAGCCACAACUUGGUACCGAUGUGUUAGCGACAUCCAUCGACCCAAGGGUCAAACCAAAUACGUCAAAGGACAGAUCGCUCCCAGCCAGGAGGGUGAGACCUCCGCCGAUUACAAUGCCGGGCUCCCUGUGGUCGCCUUCACUCUCACCGAUGAGUUCAAGGAGAAGUACCCUCACGUCAAACAAGUCAGCAUCAGCAACCUCUUGCGCGCAAAGCAAUACAUCGUCCCCAACUACCCUCUACCUCCCAGCGAGGAGAAGACUGAGAUCCUUCGCGUGGUCGUCCGCGAGUCCAUGUCCCUCGACCUUCUCGACCGCCUGAUUUCUGACAUUAUCGCCGUCACCGAGACGGUGAUUUCCAGCGAGAAGGCCGACCUGCAGGUGUGGCAGCCAGACGCCAGCAUUGAGAAGCAGCACGGCAGUAUUGGUCUGCCUCAUCACCAGAAGCACAAGGCCAAGAGGCCUAUGCACGAGGGCGUCCACCGCUCGGUCUGUUAGAGCAGAGGCCGGCUUUCGAAAGUCAGAUGGUGCCUGGAUAAUUGAUGUCGAUCAUGAGAGUCUGCCUGGGACCACAUAGUAAUGAAAAAGCGUGAUUUUUGGAUGUGAUUGACGGCAGCCAUGUUUUAUGUGCACUUGUGGGUCUUUACCGUUCGCUGUCCAGUAGGCGGAAUGUGAAGCCGUAUUGCGAUCAAUGGUUUCUGAAUCAGACCGUUGGACGGUCACAAGUGGCUUAAUGUCCUGGAUUUCAUUUAUUCAGAAGUUGUCUAAAGCGCUCAUAGAAGGC